AUGACGGAGCACACGAUGCUGUGUGCUUGUGAGACGCGUAUGAUCUCGUGGGUCAAUGACCAGUCUGUGCUCGUGGCCGUCUUCGUGUUUGUUAUCGUGUCGCUGGAGAUCAUGCUCGUGGCGUUGUCGUGCUACAUUAUCCACUCGCGUCGUCACCGCCGUUACGGCUACCAGGAGAUCACGAUGCCCGUGCGACAGCAGCCGUACAAUCCACACCCGCGAAACUACUUUGGCCAGCAGGCGGGGCAGCGCCAGCCGCUCAACACCCAGCCAGCGUACUCAUCAUACGGGCCAGCAAAGGGAGAAAACCCUUAUGCGGCUGCUGCCUCGGGUAGGAAGAAUAAUAAGUCUGGCUGCCAGUAG